AUGGAAGACCCCGUGGGAAUAAAUGCGCCACAAACCGAUGCACAGACGGGGGGAUUUGGUUCCGUGGAAUCGGAUUCUUCAGCGCUCUCGGAUGACGUGGAAAAGGAGACCAACUUCAGUGGGACGAUUGUAGUCAAGAUUGGCGGCAGCACCCUAGGCAGCCACGACACAACUCUGCGUGACCUCGUCACGCUUCAGAGGCAGGGCAUUAACUCCAUAGUUGUGCAUGGCGGCGGCAAGAUAAUCAGCGAUUGGAUGGCAAAACAAGGAGUGAUGCCGCGCUUCGUGCAGGGCCUUCGCGUGACCGACGAACCAAGUCUUGACAUCGUGGUCGCUGUCCUCACGGGCCUCAUCAACAAGAACCUUGUUGCUUCCAUGUUCGAGUUGGGCGCCCGAUCAAUUGGCCUGAGCGGUGCGGACGACGCUAUGUUGCGCGCCAACAUCCGCGACCCUGAACUUGGACUCGUGGGCGACAUUGUUGAUGUCAACACACAUCCCAUAUACACCGCUCUCAAAUCAGGGUAUAUUCCCGUAAUUGCACCGGUCGGAGUUAAGUCUACCGAAGGGGGCAGCGGCUCACCCACCCUCCUGAACAUCAAUGCGGAUACCGCAGCAGGCGAAAUCGCCGCGGCUAUUGGCGCAAGCAGGCUCGUCUUCCUGACGGAUGUGCAGGGAGUUCUGGACACAUCCCGCAGGCUCAUACCGCGCCUGACGGAGCGACAGGCUAGGGGACUGAUCAAUUCCAACGUAGCGGCGGGUGGCAUGAUUCCAAAGCUGGAAGCAUGCUUGACGGCGCUGCAUUCCGGUGGUGUCUCUCAUAUCGUAGAUGGUCGAAAGCCGUCAGCGUUGAUGGACGUCAUCUCCGGCAAAACUCUCGGUACACGAAUUGGAUAG